AUAUUAAAACCAGCUGAUUGUGCAGUUCUUUUGGUUUGCUUUUUCCAAGAUGCAAACCUAAAAUGAAACUGUUCUUUUGAUUAUUUAAAUUGUUGUUUAAUUGAUUAAUAUGAUUUAAUAUUUUUUUAAUAGUUAACUAUCAAAGUGCUCAAAAAGAAACUGAUCAUUCUUCAAUUUUCAAUCCAAACAAGAUUACUAUCACCAGAUAAAUUCACUAUAUCUUUUGUCUCUGUAUAUCAGCUCAAUAUUGGAUCUUGUUUUCCAAUGCAAAAGCAUUUGACAACGUUUGAUAUUUUAAAUGUUUCAUGUUGAACAGCUCAUAUUCUCAUCAUUUGCCGUGUUUUUUCAAUAUCAACAAUUUAAAUUUUUCUUUUGUUUUUAGUGAAAUAGCAUUUUAAAUAACCACCUUAAUCCUUUCAUUUGUGGAUUAACGUUUUACAUUUCUUCUGUGAUACAAGAGUCAAGACUUGAGCUGCCAUAAAACGCAUUUUAAUGUAGCAAAAAUGACUAGUGAAGUAGAAAACUUCAUAAAUGACCCUGAAAUUGGAUCAAAGUCCAGUCUGUCGUUUAAGUCAAAUAGGAUCAAAUUACUUCGGUUAUGGCGACCAUUACCUCGUUUUGUGAAAAUAUUUUUGGCCAUUGUACUUUUAUCUGUUUCAUUUAUGAGCUGUCUUCUUAUGGUAUGGCCAGAUUUUAUCAAAAACACUAUACCUGGAAAAGAGUUACCCUUCAAAAUUAACGAAGAGCUGGAUGUACAAAAAUCUGUGAUAUUCUCUCCUCAACAACUACCCCGGCCUGUCAACUCAAAACAAAAUUCUUAUAGCGCUGAUAUUGCCAUUAAUCCGUUGUCUCCUAAAUCAAUUCAAGCACCUUCUUCAUUAACAUCUCAGUCUUCACCAUCCUUACCCCAUCAAUACCCAACAUUUGUGAAAGUUGAAGGUGAUUUUACAUUAGACGAUAUUAGUUGGGAACGAGAUAUACUUAAUAGCGAGGUGCCUAUUAAUGAUCAACAAAAAGAAAUUAUAACUGCUACUUUACAUUCAUGGGAGGGUUAUCGAAAAUAUGCUUGGGGUUUUGAUACUUUGAAACCAAUUUCACGCACUAGCUCAACUUGGUUUGGUGUUGGUUUGACAAUCAUUGAUUCACUAGAUACGUUGUUGUUAAUGGGAUUAGAAAAAGAAUUUAAAGAAGCUCUUGAUUGGAUCGAUAAAGAUCUAAACUUUCAUACUAAUACAGAUGUCAAUUGUUUUGAAAUGACCAUCAGGGUUCUUGGUGGUCUAUUAUCAUCAUAUCAUUUAACAAGAAGUGCAACUUUGUUAACAAAAGCUCUGGAUGUUGGUGAUCGAUUGAUUCAUUGUUUUGAUUCGCCAUCAGGUGUUAUUCCUUACAGUGAUGUCAAUCUUUACACAAAAUCCCCAAAAUCUCCAGUCUGGUCCCAAGACUCUAGUACUUCAGAAGUUAGUACAAUGCAAUUAGAGUUUCGUGAUUUGUCUCGAAUCACAAAACAAUCAAUUUAUGAAGAAACCUCUUUCAAAACUUCUGAACAUCUUCACUCAAUAACUUCAGAUGAUCCUUUAGUUCCUAUGUUUAUUAAUCCUACUAAUGGACGUUUCUCACCUUCGACUAUCACUCUUGGAGCCAGAGGCGAUUCAUAUUAUGAAUAUUUGUUAAAGCAAUAUUUACAAACCGGUGUUGAAUGGUUAAAAGAUGAUUAUAUGAAAGCAGUUGACGCAAUAAGAAAUCGUUUAACGAGAGUUACUCAAGGGCCAAAACAAUUAACGUUCAUCGGUGAAUUAUUACGCCGUGAAAAUUCCGGUGUUCACCCGAAAAUGGACCAUCUUGUGUGUUUCUUGCCUGGUACAUUAGCUUUAGGUCAUCAUCAUUUGUUGAAAACAAAUGCAUAUGCUGAUGAUUAUACUAUGAAAGGUAAAGUGGAACAGCAUAUGGAACUAGCAUUGGAAUUGGCUCGAACUUGUCAAUUUAUGUACAAUUUAACUGCGACAGGCUUAUCGCCAGAGAUUGCUUAUUUUGCUGAAAAUCCAUCUCAGGAUGAAGAUGAGUUUCAAAUUCGUCCUGCGGAUACUCAUAACCUUCUUCGCCCUGAACAUGUUGAAUCUCUGUUUUACCUUUAUCAUCUUACUAAGGAUAAAAAAUAUCGUGAUCAAGGCUGGCAGAUUUUCCAGUCUUUCAAUAAAUAUUGUAAAGUUCCUUCUGGUGGAUACACGAGUAUUGGAAAUGUUAGAGAUCCUAAACAUGUUCGUCCGAAAGAUAAUCAAGAAUCGUUUUGGUUGGCUGAAACUUUGAAAUAUUUAUAUCUGUUGUUCAGUGAUGAUGAACAAUUAAUUCACAAAAUUUUAAAUCAUUAUAUUUUCAACACUGAAGGUCAUCUUGUUAAGAGAUAUCAAUAUCCAACUCCUCGAGAAGGCUCGCCUUAGAACCUUCAUAAUGCUCUAAUAUUACAUUAAAAGCGUCUUUAGCAAUUCUUUUA